UAUAACUCUAAACACAAACAGUUAACUUCAACACAUAAUGUACAACCACAAAAUUCUCAAAAUGUUCAACCCCAGAAUUUUAAAUUUAAUAUUCCACAAAAUACACCUGUCUUUCGACCAAGUGCUUUACAACAGUUCCGGAUGCCAUUACCUGGAAAUCCUCAAUUUAAAUUUGGGAUUCCACAGCAGAUGGGCUAUAAGCCAAACCUGACCCAAAACCAAAAUAAUUUUAAACCAAACCCUCAAUUUAAAUUCGGUAUUCCCCAACCUCAAGGUUUUAGACCCAACUUCAAUCAAAACACACAGGGUUUCAAAUUCGGGAUUCCCAAUCAGUAUCGGUUCGGGAUUCCACCCCAGCCUCAGGGAUACAGACCCCCUGUAAACAACUCCAAACCAUUGGACACUGAUGUCUCUAUGCGAACAGCAACAAGACAGUACAUGUUAAAUGAACCUGAAGGUAAUAAUAACCUUUUCUAUAACUAUGAACUUGCGGAAACUUACUGUCAUCCAAAUGAAGGAGAUUAUGAAGCAUAUUACGAUCUGUAUGAAGAGCCGACCAGCUCGGAAACAACCAAAAACUACCCCGGAUUUUCACGAGCCGGCCGCACCCAACAACCCGAGAUAGUAAAUCUUAAUUGUGAUAGCUUAUUAAAAUUACCACACAUCAACUUACCUGAGAUAAAUGCUCGUUUUAUGAUAGACACGGGAAGCACUCGAUCGUUUAUCAGCCCAAGGAAAGUUGACGAGUUCUUCGCCAACUAUAAGUUCUUCGAACCCUUCGAGGUUGUAAGCACUCACGCUCGUAGCAGACACGACGAAGUCAUCGUCAUACCCCUUCUGAAAACUUUUAAGAGCAUGUUACAACAUAAGUUUUAUGUUUAUGACGUCGAUAAUCGCUACGAUGGCUUGAUCGGUUCCGACCUUCUAAAACAACUAGGCGCCACAAUCGAUAUGCAGAAUCAAGUUCUCCGAACGAAAAAUGUAGAAAUACCAAUAAUAUAUAACCCACCAUAUGAAGUGCAGCUUCAACCACGUACUGAAACACGCGUGACGAUUCCUGCGGACCUGAAAGAUGGAGAAGCGAUUAUUAAUUUCGUAGAUUUCGGUAAAGACGAUACUGAAUCCAUGCAGGUGAAUGUAGACGAAUCUGAAAGACGAUUACAUUCUUACUUGGAUGAUGUGGUCUCUGAAAUUGAAAGGUUAAGUAACGCGCAACCAAAUCGGAAAGACGAAGUAAUAUCAAUAAGCAGUGGAGAGAAAGAAGAAACAACAAAGCAUGAGUUAGAAACUGAGUACCCUAUAUUAUCGCCUUCUGAAAGCACCAUUACAAUACCAGAAGGAACGAUGAGUAACAUGUCUCUAUCACAAACUGUUCAUUCGGCACCAGACAUGGACACAAAUGGCAUACCUAUUCUAAACGAAGCCAUAGACUCUAAGCCUAAUCAGAUGUUAAUUUAUACAUGGAACAGAAACGAGAUGGCUGUAAAGAAUAUCUCUAGUAACAAUCAAAAGAUAUUAGAAGCACAUUUACCAACAAAUAGGCCAGAUUUGGUCACUCAAUUCCUAAAAGAAUAUGUAAAACCAAAAACUAAGCAUUUCAUAUAUUUUGAAAAUGAAAUUCACCGUAAACAGUUUACACAAGCGGCUAUAAAACUUUUUAGAAAAGGAACAGUUAAACUAUUUGAAUGCACUAAAAGAGUUAUACAUGUAGAGGACGAAGAAGAGCAACGACAAAUUGUUUUAAAAUACCACGAGAGUAAGACAUGUCAUCGAGGAAUCAACGAAACUCUCAUGAAGCUGAAACGCGUAUACUACUGGAACAAUAUGAACAUAACAGUCAGUAGCGUGAUAAACGCAUGUGAAAUUUGUAAAGCAAUGAAGUACGACCGCAAACCAUACAAACCUGAAUUGCAGUUGACACAGACGCAGACAAAACCUUUCCAAGAAUUGUUUAUGGAUUUUUUUCCAAUAGAAGGGAAAUACUUCCUGACCAUCAUUGAUGCGUUUAGUAAACUAGGACAGACUUUCGAAAUUCCUAAUCGCUCUACACCGGAAGUAGUAAGAGCUCUGAUAAAAUACUUUUCAUUUUACGGUGUCCCCGGUAAAGAUAAGCCCCGGUUUCAAAAAGCAGAAGUGGUUGGAGAGAUAAGUAGGAAUGUAGUACCUGUCGAUGUUAGGAACCGUAAUACCAAUGUACCUAUUAAGGACAUUCGUCGUCCUCCACAGGGUCGUGCUCCUGCUGGUGGUCCAGUUGAGCCAGAGCCAGGAGGAGGCCAAGCUACAACGGAUUGAACACAAUCCCGGGAUACUUCCUGUAAAAGAGGGAACUGCUAUUAUAAGUUACGAUAAGUGGAUAAUAAUUAAGAAUCUAGAUUUAAGUUUAGUAUACGAUGAUAUAGAGUUUAAUUUCAACCGCUAUGCGAACCUCAACAAACACGUCCUAAACCAUUUUGGCAAGAAUGUUUUUAAUUUCGAACUUGCGAAUGUCAAAAGUCAAACUGAUCACCUAAAACACAUAACUUUCACUAAACUCAGACAAUUAAAUCCAUCAAAAAGAAUAAAACGUGGACUACUAAACCCUUUAGGGUCACUUAUAAAAGUAAUAACUGGCAACUUAGACAAUGAGGAUGCUGUGAAGUAUGAUAAAAUGUUAAAUGAACUCAAAACUCGACAAAUUUCAGAAUUAAAGAAAAUGAGUCUGGUCACUGAAAUGUUGGGGACAUUUACGAAUAACAGCAAUGUAACAAAAAAUAAUUUCAUCCAAUUGGAUAGGGAAAUUUGGGACAUUAGAAAAAUACUG